AUGAUGGAACGCAAGAGAUUGGAAGGAGGGGUCCAGGAAAAGCUCUCGGCAGAAGAUCUCAAGAAACGAGACAGCCUUCUGGGUCACGGGGCAUCUAACGGUGGUGGGUCACAGCCGGGCAGAAAUUCGCCAACCCAAUCGACAGGCCACGGGGGGCGGGCCAGGCGGCCUCGCACCAAGAGCCAGGUGGACCAUGUGCUAGGCACCGACACCAUUGAAGAAUGCCUGGAAGAGUUGGACAGAGGGCUGGACCUCACCAACGACGAGUUUGACUUCGAAGAGAUUGAUGAGUUGAUCGACAAGUUCCAGCAGGACGAGCGCGUCAAAGAGGCACUCAACCAAGGCGUCAACCUUCGCGAAUACACCGCUCAGACCGAGGCGGAGCUCUACAAGACGGAGCGAGAGUCGGUGGAGGACUACAUCGCCGAGUCCAAGAACUUCUUGACGCUCCUCUCGACGAUCAGCACGUGCGAUGAAGUACUGCAGAGGAUGGAGAGCAUGCUGAGCGGAUUCCAGGCCGACCUGGGCAACAUCUCGGAGGAGAUCAAGUACCUACAGGAGCAGUCCUCCUCCAUGAGCGUGAAGCUGCGCAACCGAAAGGCUGUAGAGACGAAGCUGUCGGCGUUCAUCGAGGACAUCAUGCUGCCCAAGAACUUGGUCAACAACAUCUGCGCCACCGAGGUGAACGAAGCCUACAUCGCCUACCUGACCAAGCUCAACGAAAAGAUGGAAUACGCCGCGUCUGCUGACCAUAGCCAAGUGGUCGCGUUCAAGGAGAUGUCGCCGCACCUAGAGAGCCUCAGAGUCAAGGCCGUGGCGAAGAUACGCGACUUCCUGCUGCAGCGAAUCUACGCACUGCGCAAGCCAAACACGAAUGUACAAAUCAUGCAGCAGAGCACGCUCGUCAAGUACAAAUACCUUUUCCACUUCAUCGCCACCUAUGCGCCCGACGUCGCCCUUGAGGUGAGCAGGAACUACGCCGACACGAUGUCCAAGAUCUUCACGGCCCACUUCAAGAACUACAUCCAGGCCCUCGCCAAGUUGGCAUACAGCACCGCCAAGAGGGGCGAUCUCAUCGGCGUCCCGGAAGAACAGCGCAAGACGUCCGGUUGGUUGGGGUCAAGCGCCAAGGUGGACAUCAAGCAGCAGGUCAACGUCUUCUCGUUGGGUGAUCGGGCGCAAAUUCUUCAGCAGAUCGACUCUCCCUCAAUCGUGCCUCACGUCGCUCUGCAAACGAACCAAAAGAUCAUCUUCGAAGAGCUGUACCGCAGCUACCACCACCUGCUGCUCGACACAAUCACCCACGAGUGCGCCUUCCAGUCGGACUUCUUCGGGCAGGCCCACACCGCCACCCCCGUGGCCCCUCCGUCUCUCCCGCCCUCUCUGGUGGCCCACUCCAACCCUGCUCGCGGCAGCUCAUCCGGCGUUCUGUCGAGGGAGGAAUUGUUUGACGAGAUUUUCGGCAAGUCGCUGAUCCUCUUCUCCGAGCACCUCGCCACCCACCUUCUCAACUCCUACGACGCCGUUGGACUGAUGCUGAUGGUCAGGAUGGCCCACCAGUUCACGAACCUGAUGUCGAAGAAUCGAAAGCUCACCAUCAUCCAUCUUGAGAAGUACUUUGUGGGCAGUCGGCUGCAGCUGCAGGAGCGACUGGCGACCAUCCUCGCCAUGAACACCGACAGUCUGAUUUCGGCGCCGAUCCCUCGGCUCAACGUCCAGACGACCCAUCCACACUACAUCACGCUGCGCUUUGCCGAGUUCUCGGCCACGAGGUGUGUCAUCUUUGAUGGCGUGGAGGCCGAGUGGUGGCAGAUGGGCGGCGUGGCCGAGGCCUGCGCGGGGCUUCGGCGAGCCAUGGGCGAUCUGUUGACGCGGAUGGCCACCCUUCACAGCUCGAAGAAGAACCAGACCGUGUUCCUGAUCAACAACUACGACCUGAUCCUCAAAGUUUUGCACGAGUUCAACAUCCAGUCCGAGGAGGUCAUCAAAUUCUCUGCUCUGUGCGACGAGCAAAUUACUUCGUUCGUCGACCAAGAGCUGACGCACCACUACGGCCGCAUGAUCAAAUUCGUGGAGACCGUCAAGGCCAAGCUAGCGCAGACGGCCUCGCCGCGCGAGAUCAACGUCGACAAGGACAUGUGCGAGAAGUUGAUCGAGGACUUUGGUGCCACGUGGAAGGCCGUGUUCGUCCAGCUGUCCGGUGAGGUCAUGAACUUCUCCAACUUCAUCAAGGGUGCGGAGAUCCUGCGGCGUGUGCUGAUGGAGCUGGCGGUUCUGUACAAGAGCUUUUCGGAUAUCGUCAAGACCUACCACAAGGACCUGUCCAAGAACCUUGUGCCCGACCCAACCCUCACGUACGAGAUCAAGAAGUACUCGAGGAGUUUUGACUGA